AUGGAACAAUACAACAACAUCCAAGGUCGCAAGGCAGCCCCGCAAAGUUACGAGGUACCUUCCUGCCUCAACGCCCCUCUUCCCCGUUCGGAGCUGGACCCCUCUUUAACUGUCAAAGAAGAGAGAGCCGCAACCUGGCUCCCAAAGUCUAAAUCGCGUUCCCUUCCCGUACGGAUACCCCGCGCACCGCCCGUGGUGCAAACGCCCCCGGGGCCACCAAGCACCAAACCGCCGGUGACCGCCCGGUCGCCCGCCAGAAAGCCGGCGCUUUGCAGCCUGCCGAUUCCUCCACGUCUCUACAUAUAUCCCGUGCCCAUUGCCUUGCGCGCAAGGAGUCAAGAGGCGCAGCUCAGCCCUGCAACUGACCUCCCACAUUCGGACAGCCGAUACAGUAGCUUGCUCAUCCGACACCCAACGAAAUCGUUGGAUUUGACCGGUUACCCGAGCUCUGCAGGCGGCAACAGCAUCACCUCUCCAGCUCACGGAGUUCAAACAUCCCCGAUACUCCCUUCUCAGCAUCAACAGCCCUCGCCCACGCAAACCCACAACAUGUAUCAAACUCAGUAUGCCAUGCCCCAGCACAACAUGCAAUAUGCUGUGCCGGGGAUCCAAGCAGCUGCCAUGGCCGCCACUGCUGCUGCUUCUGGAUCGUCAUAUCCCUACAUGUCCUCGGACCCAAGUCUGCAGCAGUCGCCAAGGAUGUCUGGUGUUAACCCUAAGAAGGAUGGCAGGACAGGCCCUCGUUCGCCUCAGCAGAUGAACAGCAUGCCGCAGCAAAGACGACUCAGCCAGGUUAACAGCCCGGGUGUUCCCAAUGCGCCAGCCAUGCUCAACCAUGCCGGCCCACGCUCUACCAUCCCGCCCCCGAUGACUGCGGCGCAGCAGAUGCCCCCGCCACAGUCCCCCGAAAUCGCUUCCGGAGCCGUUGAGGAGUCGCCAUUGUAUGUCAAUGCUAAGCAAUUCCACCGGAUCCUGAAGCGCAGAGUAGCCCGGCAAAGGUUAGAGGAAGCGCUGCGUCUUACCAGCAAGGGCCGCAGACCUUACCUCCAUGAGUCUAGGCACAAUCAUGCCAUGCGGAGGCCCCGUGGACCCGGUGGGCGGUUCCUGACAGCCGACGAAGUGGCCCAGAUGGAAAAGGACAAGGCAAAUGGUGUCGAGACCAAGUUCGAGGACACGGCGACAAAGACAUCCACGGGUGCCUCGAAAAGAAAAUCAGACGGAGGCUCUGCGCCUGCGGCCAAAAAAGCGAAAAGAGCCAACUUGACACCCGAAGAUGAAGAAGACGAGGAGUGA